AUUAUGGUUCUAUUUGAGUAUCUCACAGCAGUGAGUAUGAAGAUUACAGUCUUCUGGGUUGUAGCAUUGAGUGGUUUUGUAGAUGUUUGGUAAACUUCUACCAGACUAAAUGGUGCUGCAACUGUGGAAACAGUCAUCUUAUGAUGCUAUGUAAUCUCAGGUGUGGUUACUAUCAGGUUAAGAGGAACUCAUUGCAACAUACUACAUUUUUGUUUAGGGCAGGUAACGCAGAAGCCCAUACUCCAUUUUCUCUCAUUGUGUUGUGCUCAAAGCUUUUGGCUAUAUAUUUUUACCCGACCAGAUAUCCAGCAGCUGAAUUAAAUUUACACCCUUACAUCAUAUUUCCAUAAGAUUCAUUUCAAUAUUGCCUCCCCCAGGAGAUAAAAUAAAAUGCCAAUUCAAUAUUAACAAAGGUUAAAACACUCAUAAAGAACAGUACAGGUAGUAAAAGUACAAUUAUUGUGAAACAAUAUGAAUAAUGCCUUUCUCUUCUUUAAUUACUAAAUCAGGAUGUGCUGAUGAGAAACAAUAUCCAUACUCAAUUCAUGAGAUGCAAGGAAAGGGUUUUCGCACCACAUAAAUGCCUCGUUUAUUUGGGUAAGAUGAUUAUUGCUAACAAAUUACGAUAAUAGGAACCAACUAGACACUUCUAAACAAUGUUUUCUAGAACAUUGCAUUAAACGUUGAUGAACUGUAAUUGUCGCGCUGCGACCGCUUUAACCCGAAAAGGUUCUUGGUUAUUGAAUAUGAGUGUGGGUAACAUGGGCGUUCCGAACGAAAGAAAGUAUUUGCAAUGACUGGACGCUUUCGGUCCAUGAAUAAGAAGAAAAAAUUAAAACAUUAAUUGUUACUCGUAGUAAUAGCCAGAAAGUUCCUUCAGUGUACGUUUUUACGUUGCUUUAUGGCGGGAAAUAAUGUGUUCCGAAUUGAAGGUAGAGAAAUAAAUUGAGGGCCAACUAACCUUGUAUAAGUUGGUAGUUGUGCUGCAUGUGAAAAGUAUAGGAGGUAGUUUGGCGCGAUAAUUAUUUCAAUUAUAUAUUGCAAAUGUGAAGAAGUGUUCACUGUAUGCAGGUCUUUGAAUUGCUGUUGUUGUAAUACUACUUUUGUCGUGUCUUCAAAUCUGCUUAAAUAAAGCAUAAGGCCACUGUGGGAAAAUAGUGAAGUGUAACCUAACAUGAAAGCAAAGGUUAAUAUGUCUUACAGAGAGAUUUUAUUCUGGAGAGUAGCAGCAGCUUUAUUUUGGGGCUUUGUUCUACAAGCUGUGUUUUUAAUUGCGUUCGUGCUCGUAGUGAAUUUUAACCUUUGGCAUCCCAUCGCGUGGAUUCAACAGUCAUUAGCCUUCAGUGUGUCAUUGAGAACUUGGCUAUACUUGGUUCCUCUUGGUCUGGUAAUUUGUACACAAGGUAUAGUGUGUGGCAAAGAUUUUCUUGUGGUGAACAGGUACUGUGGUACUCGAUUUGCUGUUUGCUGUAGUAUGUUCUCACCUCAUACAUUGAUCAUAGGUACUUCGUACAGUGUUAUUGGUGGACUUAUCACAUGGAUUUAUUUAUCUCUGCUUGGAGGAAAGUAUGGGAAGAUGCUUGAUGUAUGCAGUAGUGAUGACAAGAAGACCUGCCUAAUUGAAGGAUACUUAUUUCUAAUAUUAAACGGUUUCUGGAUAGGUAUUUAUUUUUUUGUACAUGACCAUGUUUUUGGGCUUAAGGCUCUGUUGUUCCCAAUAAUUCAGCAGCUGAAGUUCUUGCAGGUAAAAUCAGAACUGCAACCACUUAUGAAACAAGCAAUGAUUGAUGCUGUUUCACCAACCAUGUAUUUUGUUAUAAUGUAUUACUGGUAUGGAGGAGCUGUUCGAGGUUAUGUUAGUGACUUCUUGAACUGUAAUAUAGAAGAGACAUCCCAAGGGACAAUAUUUAGACUGAUGAAUGUGUCCCUGUUAUUCUAUUCAUGGUUUUUUAAUAGUACUUUUAUUUUUGCCAUAUAUACCAUGAAGCUCAUGUUUCAAGUAAACUUGACUGAACACGUUGUCUUUCCAGUGACACCUGUGUUUGGAAAUACUGAUUGUCUUACAUUGCAUCAGAGUUUGGCUCUGACAGACAUUCCUAUUAUAUGUUACUUGGGUUUCCUUGAUCUUAAGAUUUUGGCUGAGAAGGACCAUGGCAGAAGAGAAGAGUUGUUUGCAUUAAGUCAUCCUGGUGGACAUCCUUAUAAUUGGAAUGCUGUAGUAGAAGAAAGUUUGAAGGUUAUAACAAAAUUCACAGAAGAUUUAAAUCAAACAAAUAUUGAAGCACAAUCUACACCAGAAAACAAAGAGCAUUGCAUCCCCAAAGAUUAUUUUCCUUCAAAAGAUCCUGCAGUUAUUCCAGCUGGACACCAUACCACUUCCAUAUCUAGGAUGAGAAAUAUGUCUUUGAGAAUUCAGAAUGCGCCUGAUAUAUCACUCUACCAAUCUCCAUCAAAUAGUGCCCAAUUCCAGUCACCCCCAGUCAGCAUCUCACAGGAAUCCAUAACUAGGGUUCUGAAGGUGUAUGCCAGUCGGGCUGUGGGUGUGUUAUGCAGGAAGCCUGGCAUUUUCUUCGUAUUUGGUGAACUUCCUGAUGCUAAGGUGAGAUACCACCUGGCUCAGUGCCAACCAGUGAUCUGGGCCAUUCAGGGUUUGUCUCGCCUGGCAGCGUCUUCUUUCAAAGAAGACCAUUAUGGGGUUGUGCAGAAGGACUUGCCAGCCAUCAUCACAGCCCUGUUUCAGCUGAAACAGGCUAUGGACAAACUACAGAAGAUUGGAAAUUAUAAGAGGUCUCAAAAAGUUGAGCAUUAUGAUAUGAAAAUGAAGGCUGCUUUGCAAUCUGCUGUGAAGCAGAGUCUGUACUGUAUCUGUGUUACUUUUGGUGACUAUGUGAAAGAACUGCCAUUAAGAAAAGACGUUUUACAGCAACUUCAUAAUUUCUUGAUGUUUAGAGAAGGGUGACUUUUCAUUUUGGAAAAACAGUGGAUAAGAGCUUUGUAGAUGAUAAUAUUGUAUGCAGUAAAGACUGUUCUUUUUUGCAAUUAUUGUGCGAGUACUUUUUGUGCACAGGAGUCACUAACCUUGCACAGCAAAAUCUUGUGAGUGGAGCAGUCUGUUGUACAUGUCUCAUUGUAAUGGUGUGUGCUGUUGGAGAGUUGGAUGUAGCCCGCAAAUAACGGAUGUUUUUGGAACAGAGAUAACAUAUAUCUCAAGUCAUUCUCCUUGCCUAUCAUAAUUUUUAAUCCUUGCUGUAAUCAACCCACAAGUUUUGGCUGUGUGAGACUUAGUGCAUGUGCCAAAAUUAGUGUGCUGGUGAAUACACGAAUGUAUUAUGAUUAAUCAGAUAAUGAAAUGUCUAGGAAGUCA